AUGUCCAUAAGCUCAGAAAUAUCGUACAAAUACGAACCUCUUCCAGCUGAAUCCAUUCGACUGCUUUAUCUCCAACCGGGAAGUGAGAGUGACCACAUCGCUUGCGAUCUGGUGGCCACUCGGGUCGAGGACGGCAUGCCAGUCUUCGAAGCACUUUCGUAUACGUGGGGAGACCUCACCGUCACACGAGCAAUAUCAUGUGGUGGCUGUUCACUAGCAGUCCACAGCAAUGCGUGGCACGCGCUGUCGGAACUCCGCCAGGCGCAGGGUGUCCGUGUCCUUUGGAUUGAUGCCCUAUGCAUAAACCAGGGGGAUUUGGAAGAGAGGAACAUGCAGGUUCAAAUGAUGCGGGAGAUUUAUGGUCGUGCGUCUCGUGCGGUUGUCUGGCUCGGCCGGCAAAUGGAUAACACGGAUCAAGUCUUCGCACUGAUCUCGAAGCUCUCGACAAUGACGACGGUCGACAACCUCGACCACCAGACUGUUGCGUACACACAUGAUGAUCUUAAAGUGGGUGACCUACCAGAUGCUUCUGACCCGGUCUGGAGGGGUCUUGAUCAACUUCUGUGGAGCUCUUGGUUCUCUCGCGUCUGGAUCAUCCAGGAAAUCACCUUGGCCAGGGAAGCGCUCGUUUUCUCGGGCUCAGCCUCCUGUGGCUGGCACCAGUUGGAACUGGCAGCGAGGUUCGUGGAAGACCACUCGCUCACCAUGCUUGUGGAUGUCGACCCGUCCCAGGUCAUCCGACUGGCGCGUCUCAAGGCUCUCGCUUCUCGUGCUGAGACAUCCAUUCUCGAGAUUCUGCAGCAGAGCCGCUCAAGCAAAUCCACGGAUCCGAGAGACAAGAUAUUUGGCCUCUUGGGCUUGACCCCAUCAUUCACCCUGAUAGUCCCGGAUUACAACAUGGCAACGCAUGACUUACACACAGCAUUCGCCCUCAAGAUGAUGGAGGUACACCAAUCCUUGGACAUUCUCAACUACACAGAGAUCUGGGCCGACUAUACUCUCCCCGCGGAGUCUCUCGACAAAACCCCCUCCUGGGCUCCAAACUGGUCGCUUUCCGGACUGACACGGCCUCUCCCUGCCACGGCCGAACUGAAUGCGGGCAACAGGGUGAUUUUUCACACAUCGCCAGACUCUUCCCUUCUUCACGUCUGGGGAGUCGACCUGGGCACCGUCGAUGGUGCCGGUGACACGUUCCUUGAGUGGAUUCCACGACCAGGAAACUCAGUGCGAGGCGCCCGUCCCAUCAACUGGGUGACGGACGCGUACCAGAUGAAGCGCUGGCGGCAGUGGCAGCGCAUGUCUGGAGGAACCGCCACCCACUACCCGACCGGUGAAGACACGCGGGAAGCCUACAUCCGCACCAUCGUCGCGAACGUCCUGCCCGACGGCGCGCACGAUGGCUGUGCUCUGCAGUCUUAUUACGACGCUUGGCUGCGUUUCUGGCGCGUCGGCGGGCGCGAGCGAGGCCGGUACCUGGACGCCUACAUCCGACAGAGCGACCCGGAUGAGCUUCAACGAGCCAUAUCGUUCAUGGAAUCCCACCAAGCGGCCGCAUACGGCCGGCGGUUUCUGAUCACGAAGAAUGGCUAUUUCGGCCUCGGCCCCUUUAAAUCCCGCCGAGGCGACGUGGUCGUGGCCCUGUGCGGAGGUAAGACGGCCUACGUCCUCCGAAGACAGGGAAGACGGCACUUUGCGCGGCGAACACGUACCGAAUACUGGAAAGUCAUUGGGGAAUGCUACCUUCACGGCGUGGAUCGAGAUGUCAUUCUCACCCGCACCAACCACAAAGAAUACAUCCUUACCUAG